AUGGGAAGCAUGUGUCAAAAUUUACUUCUCAACAGUGGAUAUAAGAUCCCGCAACUUGGUUUAGGAACCCUUGACGCAUCAAAAGAAGUCGUCUACGAAGCGGUAAAAGUUGCCAUCAGCGCUGGUUACCGCCACAUUGACGGAGCCGUUUUGUAUGAGAAUGAAAAGGAAGUCGGUACUGCAAUAGCGGAAUCCAUGAAGGAGCACAACCUUAAGCGUGAAGACAUCUAUUUGGUUUCGAAGCUUUGGUGUGAUAAACAUGCACCCGAGGAUGUCCGCGCUUCGUGCGAAAUAUCGGUUAAGAACUUUGGCCUUGAAUACUUGGAUCUGUACUUGAUACACUUUCCUGUGUCCUUCCAAAUGAAGGAGGGUGGUGGGUUCAAAAUCACUGGUUCUAAUGUAAUCACAUUUGAAUAUCAUAAGCUUGAGGAUACAUGGAAGGCUAUGGAGGAAUUAGUAACAGCUGGGCUAGUCAAAUCGAUUGGAGUGUCUAAUUUCAACAAACGACAGCUGGAACGUAUUCUAGCAGUGUGCACAAUUCCACCGGCAGUGAAUCAGAUCGAAGUCAAUCCCCACUGUCUUAACACGAAGUUGAUUGAAUUUUGUCAUUCCAAGAACAUUUUGGUUGAGGGCUAUGCACCCAUUGGUUCUCCUGGUUUCAUACACCUUAAGGAGCACCCGGAAUAUCCGUUCCACGAUGAGUACUAA